AGCUUAUUCAAUACUUUAGAAACAUCUAUAGCCCAGAAGGGCUUUUGGAUCCGAAACUGAUCAACCAAUUUCCAUUGCUAUAAUUCUGCUCUGAUAUUUAUGCUGUUACAAGUUCAUGCUUCAGAAAUUCUCUUGCUCUGUUUCCGAAUCCCCAAAUUCACCGGCACUUGAUACUCGAUACUACUAUCUAAAGAAGGCGAAUAGGAUGGAUUCGUAACAGUUAACUUUCUACCUUGUGUUGUGUAGAAGAAGAGGAUGUGUGUAUUUGACGACUUCGACGCUGCACGCUAUCGUUAAUUUCCUCUCUUUUCUUUCCGAUCGAAAAGCCUGAUGAACUGCGAAGUCUGCCAACUCAAAGAGCUCGAUGUUGAGCACUUCGAGAUACGCGAGGUUCUUAGAUGCAUUUUGCACACUAUUUUGUUCCACAGAGCUUUAGGGCUUGUGCGUCCGAAAGACAUUGAUUUGGAACUUUUCGAGAUUACAUAUGUACAAUGUGGUGAUGUAGAACUUGAGAGGAAAAUAGAUGAGAAGAUUGAGCAAUUCAUAGACAGGGUGGAGAAGCACCCAAAUAAGAAAAAUCAGAUAUGUUUGUCCUUCUAUGAGGUCAAAAACAAACAGCCUACAUGGUUCACUAAUAAAGUUGAGCGCCUCUACUGGGAACAGUGGUACAUAAACUUGAAUGUAGCACAACACCAGAAAGGGCAUUCUGGAAAGUCCACCUCUUCCAAAAUAGUUGUUGAUCCUGGAGCUGAGGAAAGGACUGCUCGGCGUGCAGCAUUAGAAGCUUCGCUUCGUGAUGUUCUGUUUCAGAUAAUUAGAUUUGUGAAUGAAAAGAAGGAUCACAUUCCUCCAGUUCCAAACCUCGAAGGUGUCUCGUUCCCCUAUGAAAUUACUAUCUCAAGUUCGUCAGAUUCUGCAUUUGGAAUGGAAAUGUUCAAGAGGAUGCUCCAAACCGGGCAUCCUACGAUGCUCAGCUGACUCGUGAGGUCCUCUAGCUGCUGUAUUUUGUCUCGAGCUCUCUCUGUUAUGUACUUGGAAUUAAUAUGCUGCCUGUGAAUAUCUUAUGCUAGAUUAUGUGAAUUGAGAUCUACUAAUUUACAACCAAACUGAAGUUAUGUACUUGGAAUGAAUAUGCUGCCCGUGAAUAGUUUCUGCUAAAUCAAAAUUUGGUGCUCUGGAGAAGCACAGUGAUUGUGUAUA